UCCGCAUUAGGUUAGGUAGCUGCGGGAAGCGCACAUGUGCCACGCUCAUGGGUGGUGCUGACGCAGCUCGCCAUGCUUCGCCAGUUUCAAAAGGGGCAUCCUUGGACAGUCCUGGCCGAAGGUGGUGGUUUUUGGAGCAGGCAUUUGUAUGUGCAGCCUGCGCCACUGGUCCACAGAUGCCCUCUACGCCUAGGAGUAAGAGUCAGAUGGCCCCGUGGCGAAGCGCUUGGCGCAGCAAGAGUUUGCCGCAGAUCAUCGACUCCCAGGCAACGCAAGCGACGCAAAGUUCCUUGCAACGGAAAGGGAGCGCUGGCAAUUUCUAUGCCAAGGACGGAGAUUCAACUCGUUCGUCGAGGAGUAGAAUGCAAGGUGUUGAUGCGACGCCCAGAACCAUCUACUCCUCUGGGCCGGGCGUAGCAGUUGAAGUCAAUAGUGACUUGCUGUGUUCUAGACAUGAGGGCCUGCAAGAAGUCUUUGAUAACUACGAGUUCAUUUCUGCUGUGGGCAGCGGGGCCUUUGGGCGCGUUUUGCGUGCGAAACAUCGCUGCGGGGGGCAGAUGCGCGCAUGCAAGGCCCUCACAACUAGCACUCCACUGGAGCGAAAGUUAGUGGACACCGAGAUAGCCAUCUUGAAGGUUUUGAAUCAUCCCCACGUGCUGCAGCUGUACGAGGUCUACUUCGAACCCAGCACCACUGAGAGGCGUCGCAAGGUGUAUCUACUCACGGAGCUUUGCACCGGUGGCGACUUGCUUUUCCGGAUCGCCUAUCAUUACCAGAUGCUGAAGUGCCCUAUGACGGAAGGCCAUGUCGCCUACCAACUCCGGCAGUUGCUGUCUGCUGCCAUGUACUGCCACCAGCGUGGGAUUGUGCAUCGGGAUGUGAAGCCCGACAAUGUGCUCUUUGUAGACGCCACGGCGAGUUCGACGUUGAAACUGAUAGACUUUGGCCUGGCGGGUUUUGCACAGCAGCUGCGGGAGAAUGCCAUUGAGGUCUCGAUGCCACGGAGCAAAUCCUUGGGCCGUUUGGCCAAGAUUCUGCCGAAGAUCGGAGCGCGCUGGUUUCACGUGCGAAAGCAGAUGAUGCAGCGCGCAGGGACGGCAUUUUAUAUGGCUCCAGAGAUGAUCAAUGCCGGAGUUUACGAUCAAAAAGCUGAUAUGUUCAGCAUUGGUGCUAUCAUGUGCGAAAUGCUGACUGGCUGGCAUCCAUUUUACACUCCCAACGUGGAUGAUGCACAGUCUGUUCAGGCGAAGAUCAUUGUGCCCAAGCCGGUAAUGCUGCCAGAUGAACUCUUUUGCAAUAUUUCAGAGGAAGCGUGCGACGUCUGCCAGAGAUUGUUGGAGAAAGAUCCAGCUCGCAGACUAAGCGCAGAGCAGGCAUUGCAGCAUCCUUGGUUCCUCAAUCCGGAUAUGCCAACGCCAUACGGAAAUGUUCACACUGGCGUCCUCAACGCGCAGGUGUUUGAAGGUCUGAAACAGUACGCCUCCUACAACAAGCUGCAGAGAGCGUCCUUGCAGUUGUUGGCACAGGAACUUGCCGAGGAGCAGGUCCAGGAGCUUCGGGAUGCUUUUCUCGCCAUAGACACAGGCGAUGGUCAGCUGGAUGCUCUGGAGUUGCAGGAGGCGGCACGGAAAGUGGACUACGAGUUGAGUGCUGAAGAAGCGUCGGAGCUAAUUGCCGCGCUGGGUGGGACCUCUCAGCAGAGGGCCGGCUAUCGCGAGUUUAUAGCUGCUGCCGCCAGUAGUACGGUGCAAUACAGCCCCGGUCAGCUGAUGCGCUGUUUCGAAAAGCUGAGUACUGGUGGUGUCAUUCGCUACCAGGAGAUGACAAAUCUUUUUUGCAAUUCUAUCUCAGAGUCGGAGUGGGAGGACAUCACCAAGUCUUGUACAGCAGAUCGUGAGGAAUCUCCGGCGUCGAAAUCCAGAAUUGGCUUGGACAAAUUUAUGUCCAUCAUGCACGACUCAAAGCAGGAGGCGAGUCGGCCAGUCACCAGCGAGAUGCCGUUGCACGUUCACGGGGAGGACCCCAAGCCAACUGGCUCUCCUACGAAGUUCUGGCAGCGUUGUACUGAACCACUCUGCUGGCUCACAGGUGACGGUGCCGAGCCCUAGAAUCCUAGAACACCGGUUUUUCGGAAGCGCGCAGCCGGGCCGGCGCGAUGAUGCGGUGGCCUUUUGUUG